CGACACCAUCAGCAGCAGCAGCAACGGCCGCAACCGCCGCAGACCUCACCCCCGGAGCCCGACCUCCAGGUGUUCGCCAAACUCAUCCACGACUUCAAGUACGGCCGCAAAGAGUCGGUGUUCAGCGAGCGGACGGACGAGUCGUCGGCCUCACAGUACUUCCAGUUUUACGGUUAUCUGAGUCAACAGCAGAAUAUGAUGCAGGACUUCAUCCGCACGUCUACUUACCAGAGGGCUAUCCUCGCGAAUAUCGACGACUUCAAGGAUAAGGUGGUGCUGGACGUGGGCGCCGGCAGUGGUAUCCUGUCGUUCUUCGCGGCGCAGGCCGGCGCUCGUAAGGUGUACGCCGUGGAGGCGUCGUCGAUGGCCAAACACGCGGAGACACUGGUGUACAGCAAUAAGCUCUCGGAUCGGAUUCAGGUGAUCGCCGGCAAGAUCGAGGAGAUAUCGCUUCCCGAGAGGGUCGACAUCAUUAUAUCGGAGCCCAUGGGGUAUAUGCUGUUCAACGAGCGGAUGCUCGAGACGUAUCUCCACGCGAAGAAGUGGUUGUCUCCCAACGGAAAGAUGUUUCCCUCCCGAGGCGACCUCCAUAUCGCGCCGUUCAGCGAUUCCCAGUUAUAUGUGGAACAGCUAACGAAAGCCAACUUCUGGUUCCAACAGAACUUCCACGGCGUCGACCUCUCGAGUCUGAGGUCAGCCGCACUUAAAGAGUACUUCUAUCAGCCAGUGGUCGACACCUUCGACGUCCGCAUCUGUACGGCGAAGAGUUAUCGAUAUACCGUUGACUUCACGAAAGCCGAUGAGAAGGACUUACAUCGCAUCGAAAUACCCGUCAGUUUUGUGAUGCUCCAGACGGACGAAGUGCAUGGACUGGCCUUUUGGUUCGAUGUGGCCUUCUUUGGCUCUCAACAGACCGUAUGGCUGUCCACUUCGCCCACUCAACCACUCACGCACUGGUAUCAGGUUCGCUGUCUGAUGGAUACCCCGCUGUUCGUGCAAAGAGGACAGACAUUGAACGGACGGGUGGUGUUGUCAUCAAACAAAAGGCAGAGCUAUAACGUGGACAUCGAGUUGAGUGUCGAGAACUUCGGUCGCAUCGAUAGGGUAUGCAAUUCGCUGGACCUCAAGAACCCCUACUUUCGCUAUACGGGUCAACCGCCACAACCCCCGCCCGGCUGUAACGAGACGUCGCCGUCUGAACAGUACUGGCAAACGCUGGACUCGACUCAGCCGGCAAACAACGUGAUGAACGGAAUGGUGGUUAUGAACGGCAACGCGGGUCAGCCCAUGAAUACGUCGGUCAUCGAGAUAAACAAUAUGCAAAUCCAGACGAACAAUGGCUACCACCAGAACAGCCACCACAGUGUGGGCCCCGUUGGCAGCGGCGGUGGCGGUGGCCAUAACCUGAUCACCGCUCAAAUGAUACCGGCGCCCGGCGUAGGGCUACACCAGAAUCAGAUGAUCCAAUUGGGAGGCCUGCCGAGUCCGACGGCCACGAGCUCGCGCUCGAGUCCGCACACCCGUACCCUACAGCCCACGGUCGCCGCGCAAGUGCCCACCAGUUCCAUAGGCGGCGGCAUAUCUCCGUCGCUGUUCGCCAGCAACCACACGACCACCCAAUCGGUGCUCCAUUCGGCCAACUUUCCCGUCAACAACAGCCUAAUGAUCGGCGACUACGCGGUGGCGGCGCCGCAGACUCUGAUGCUUUCGACGGCUGCCUCAGGCGCGGGGGCGCCGGUAGUAUACAAACCCCACCAUUGAUUCUAGUGCUGUGUGUGUUGUGUAUUGUGUCGCUAGGGAUGACCCGCAAAACCUCCAGUUCUUUCAAAAUGUGUUUAUUUUUAAUUAUUAUUAUUAUUUUUUAAUUCUCGGAAACACUUCUCAACAAAACAAAUACACAAC